ACCGUCUCCAGCGCAACCGUGAGGUUCCGACCCGAUUGUGACCGACCCUCCUUCCCUCCCCGACGGACGGGCACGGCUCCGGGGCCGGCGUGCCAUGGAGGCGGCGAAGAAAGAUGCUCCCCGCCCGGUGGUCACCUUUUUCCAGCCGCGUUCGCAGGAGGCGGUCGGUUUGUACAGUAGCGUUAAAACUCCGUUAUGGAAGUUCCUCCCGAAGAGUAAUCUUUCCAAGGUGAUUAUUCGUGACAACACCAUUCUCCAGCGGGUGCAGGAGAUCAAGGUGAAGCACAUAGAGGAGAGCAAGACGAAGGUGGGCAAUAUGUACGAUCAGAUGAAAAAGAAGUUUAUGCACGACCAGGAAAAGAAGAUGACCCGUUGGAAAAACGAGUAUGCCAGAUACCAGAGGAUGUUGGAACAAAUUGAUCAGAGGGCCUUGAUGAAAAAAAGGAUGUCUGUGCUGGAGCCACAGGUGUCCUCUUUCACAAUGUGGAAAAAAACACCCUUUAAGCAAGACCGAAUGAAAUAAUUUUAAGCAACAGAUUAUAGAAGUCGCUUUGUGGCUUCACUUUUGGCUGAGUAAAUCCUGCUGAAAAAGCAUGAUUUUC